AUGGCGACUGAUCAUGCAUCUCAGAGCUCUGUAAAUUUUGGUGAAAAGUUUCCUCUAAACGAACCAGAAGUGACACAAUCGGUUGAUAAUGGUAACCAUUUGUGUUACGAAACAAAUAAAGGCAAAAUUCAGUUCAAAUGGAUGUCUAGUUUUGACAAAUUAGCUCAAUUUGUCGACCAGUCAUUGAAGGUCGAUGGCGUGUGGUCGGAAAUCACCACUAACGGAGGUUAUCAUGUGUGCAAAAGUCCUGAGGUAACUCUAAGUUUUUAUCCAACAACUAAAACUUUGAAAAUUCAAGGACCGAAGCAAGUAUAUUAUCGUUCACUUUUGCAAGACAUUGGUGGACUAGAUAUCAAUAAUUUUAAGAAGCAGGAGACCAACCCUGAAGCCCUCGAGCGAGACGAAGAAGAAAGCUUCGAUGCUUCAUUAGUAUGCAUUUCUUCACAAUCAAGCGUGGGUGAAAUGCCUACGGUCUGCUGCGGUUCUAGUUGUGCGGAAGGAAUGAAAAAACUAUGGCAAGAAAUAGAAGCUAUUAAAACCAAUCUUAAGAUAUCUGAAAUGAAGAGCGCUUCCGCUAGCUGUCCAACGUGCGAAACUAAUUUAAAGGACAAGCAAGACGCACUGAAUAAAUGUGUGGAGUAUGAAAAUACAAUAAAACGUCUUGAAGAUGAAAAAUUAAGUCUAAUAACAGCUAUUAGACUUUUACAGGAAGAUUCGCAAAGCAUCCACUCCAAAACGGACAAGAUUCCGGCAAAUUCUGGUCCAUGGGAAAAAGUUAAUCGAAAGGGCAAGCGAAAUAAUAAUAACAGUCAAGAUCAAGCCCAAACGAAAAAUGAUGAUAAAGCUGCUGAUGCAGAAGGACAUGGCGUAAAUCAAGACGAAAGCUCCAAGAAAAGGUCAGUUGUUAUACUUGGAGAUUCUAUGACUAAAAACAUACAAGGAUGGAAAUUAUCAACUAAAGACAAGCAUGUAGUAGCUAGAACAUUUCCCGGGUCUACUGUUGAAGACAUGUCUGACUAUUGUAAGCCAUUUACAAGGCAAAAUCCCGAAAAAAUUAUUCUGCAUGUAGGGACUAAUAACGUUGUAUAUGACACUCCAACAAAUGUCGCCACGAAGAUAACUAAUUUAGCUAAGAAAAUUAAGAAGGAUCUUCCUUCGACAAAAAUAGCGAUAUCGGGACUAAUCUGUAGGAAGGAUGAGAAGCUUAACAAUAACAUUAAGCAGGUGAACGACGUAUUAAAGAAAAGUUGUAAUUCUAACAAUUGGAAAUUUAUAUCUAACCAUAAUAUUGGAAAUGACAUGAUUAAUGGUAGUGGUGUUCACCUGAACCGUAAGGGCGUGUAUACUUUCGCCAGUAAUCUUAAGUUAGCGAUAAAUAAGGAUUGA